UUGUCUCAUUUAAAAAGUGUACUCAUUUUUCAAGAAUCAGUUUAAAGCAAAGAACUAAAAGCUACUAUUUAACAUCUCUGCAGAGGAAGAUGUCUUUUAGAGGAGUGCAGCUUUUUAUUUUCUGUAUUCUUCUUCCAGGCUUAUUCAGUGCGCCGUUCAUAUCAGAUGAAGAAGCAAAUCAGUUCAUAAGGCUGAAACGACAAGCACAAGGAUAUUGGGAUCCAAAUCAUGGCCAGAAUGCAUGGGGCUACACUAUUAAUGAGCAGGCAAGCGAAUACUGGACAAGCCUAAGAACAACAGCACAGUAUUAUAUGGAUCUUGGAUCGCUGACAUUUGACCCUUCAGUUUCUCAGGACAACAUUAGAAGUUACAUGACUAUGCUGCAACAAGCAGGAGCCCACAUUCAGCAGCAAAUGAGGCGAAACUGAAUCCAGCAGUCUGAUUUUUAGAGCUCAGAUGGUACUGGAAACUGCUGCCAAAGGCUGUAAACAAGUUAGAAAUUAUCGAAGGCAAAAUCAGGCAGCUGUGUGUAUACAAAACUUGAAAAAGAACAUUGUUCAACACUAUGUUGCACUUCAGUAAUUCCUGUGCAUUCUUGUAGUAACUAAUCAAUAUUAUUACAGUUAAAAUAAAUCUUAACUAUGAACUUCAUAUAUAUUAUUUUAAAACUGAUGCACCAUCAAAUGCCACCUAUAAAACAUUUUAAGAUCAUAGAACUAUUAAAAUAAAAAUGAAUAAUU